AUGUGCAGCCUGGCAGCGCUGGCGCGCGGCUGCCGGCCCGCCGCCAAGCCGUGCUGCCUCUGCUGGUGCUGCUGCUGCUCCUGCUCCUGGGCCAAGUGGUUGGCGGCGCGCAGCUCGGAGGGCGGCCCCGGCAAGAAGCCGCGCGAGGCGGGCCCGCACGAGCCGCUGCUGCUGGACGGCGACGCGCCACCCACACUCGAGGAGAUACAGAGCUGGGGCCAAUCCUUCGACCGGCUCAUGCGUAGCGCAGCGGGCCGCAAGGUGUUCCGCGACUUCCUGCGCGGAGAGUACUCGGAGGAGAACAUCAUGUUCUGGCUGGCGUGCGAGGAGCUGAAGCGCGAGACCGACCCCGACGCCGUGGAGGAGAAGGCGCGCUUCAUCUAUGAGGACUACAUCUCCAUACUCUCGCCCAAGGAGGUGUCGCUGGACUCGCGCGUGCGCGAGACGGUGAACCGCAACAUGGUGGAGCCCACGCCGCACACGUUCGACGAGGCGCAGCUGCAGAUCUACACCCUCAUGCACCGCGACUCCUACCCGCGCUUCGUCAACUCGCCGCUCUACAAGACGCUGGCGCGCAUGUCGGCCGGCUCGCCCGCGCCCGCGCCCGCGCCCGCCCCCGCGCCCGCGCCGCCCGCUGACAAGUUAAGUGUAAGAGUAGGUGAGGCGCGCGCGGCCGCCGCCGCGGCAACUUCGCUGGUCCACCGCCGACUGUGCCCCGGCCCGCCCCGCCCCACUCCCCCUCGCCGCCCCUCCCCUCCCCGCCGCCUGCACGUCCCCGUCCUCGCUCGCCCCUCACUCCGUCUCCCGAGUCCGGUACCGCACGGCGCCGACGAGCGUCCUUAG